UUCACGCCCAUGUUUACCUCUCGAUUCUCGAUAGAAACUAGAAAGCGACGAACGGGGCCGCUUCGUUUCUCUUCUUCUCAAGUCAAGUCUUGUAUUUCACUUCGCCUAGUCAGCGCCGUGGCAGAAUAACUCCAAAACCCAAUUCCUUAAUUUCUCUGAAUUCGUCAAUUCCCACGAGAGAUAUCUAACAGUUCUCCUGCCUUAAUGGGUGUGAACGUUCCCUAGUUUACAGUCUCCGACUUAGACGGCGGCGAUUCAUCGGCGUCGGCGUUGGCGUUGCAACACAUAGUUCAGAAAACCUUGGUGUACACAUGGCUGUUAAAGCUGGUUCCUCUUUUGUAUUUUGUGGCGCGUCGUCGCUUUCUUCUCCGCUUAAGCUACGUGGAAGCUCCAAGCUAAGCUCAAGAGAUGGACCAUGUGGUAGCUUUCACUUUGGAAUUCGGAAGUUCCGGAAUGCUACAGUUAAAAGCACCUUUACCAGUUGCUGGCUGCAAAAUGAAAGAAAUGUCAAGAUGACCCGGAAGAGGCUCUCAGCAACUUCAGAAGGCCAGUCACAGUAUGAUGACGUUAAAUCUGACGUGACCGAGCAAGAAUAUUAUGCUUCUAAUCCAGAACCUACAUCCACCACUGGCACUUCAUUCAGCGAUGUUCAGGGAACUGGUGGAAAACCAGGUCUUGUUUCAUUUUAUAGCCAUCAAUAUAAGCCAGAAGAAGCCGGAGUUCCUGCCGCUGUUGCAUCAGGAAACAGUCAGAGCAGCCUAUUGUGGUUCCUUGGUCCAGCUGUCCUCGUGGCCUCUUUCAUUUUCCCUUCCAUCUAUUUGCGCAGAGUACUCUCCACAAUAUUCGAGGAUUCUUUGCUCACAGAUUUCCUCAUACUGUUUUUCACAGAAGCAAUCUUCUACUGCGGUGUCGUCAUUUUCCUUCUGCUGAUUGACCGUUUGAGAAGGCCUGAUGAUGAAUCCGAACCCAUUCCAAGCAAUCAAGCCACAGUGUCUCCUCCUCACUUAGCUCAGAGAAUAUCUUCUGUUGCUACCUUGGUUCUGAGUCUUAUAGUUCCGAUGGUAACCAUGGGUUUGGUCUGGCCAUGGACUGGUCCUGCUGCUUCCGCCACUCUUGCGCCAUACUUGGUUGGAAUUGUUGUCCAGUUUGCAUUUGAGCAGUAUGCUAGAUCUCGAAACUCGCCUUCUUGGUCAGUGAUUCCUAUAAUUUUUCAGGUAAGGAUAGCCGCGACCAAUUUCUAAUGCUUCAUAUUUGGCGCGUUUGCUGUCUUAGAGCCGCGGUUUAUCGACUGCACCAACUAAAUAGGGCGGCCCAACUAGUCACAGCACUGUCAUACACAGUGAAAGGGGCCGAGAUGACUACACAUAACUUGGAGAUAAGCAGCUCCCUCGGGACACUUUUGAAUGUUCUGCAAUUCCUUGGAAUCAUCUGCAUUUGGUCUCUGUCAAGCUUCCUCAUGAGGUUUUUCCCAUCAAACACACGGAAGGUUACACCUUGAUGGCAGAAAAAAUUGUCAGCUGCCAACUUCAAACCGUGCUAAUGCUUUUCUUUCUUUCUUCAUAGUGGAAGUUUUUAACUGUUUAGUAGAAGAUGACACCAGGAUGGGUUCAUGCUGAUGCAGACAUACUCUUUUUGCCGUAUUGGCCUUCUGCUAUUGGUAGCAUGUAUGGGCCAUUUCCCUCAUCUUCAACCCUGUAUUUUCCCCCUACAUGCUACCACGCCUGAGAAUAUUCAUCUGCUCACAUCAAUUCUCCCACCUUGAUGGUUGGAAUUAAGUUGUUAUGUAGAUGGGUGGGGGAUAUUGCUGAUAUUGUUGGAUUGUCCUCUCAAGCAUUUUCAGUUGUUGCAUCGACUUUUUUGUUGAUGGUGUCAAUAAUAUAUGCGAUUGAAUAAUUGGGUAAUUGGG